AGUUGGCUUCGCUGCGCACUGCGUGUGGCGGUGCGAGUUCUCGCCUGUUCGCUCCGCUGACGCUGGGAACUGAGACGUUAGCAACUCCUUCGCCCCCGAGUAGGCCAUGGCUAACAAGAAACGCCCAGAAACCGAGAAGACCUCGGAGGUCGUGUGCCUAGGUAGCAGAAGUCUCCUGGAGCCCGAGGCCAAGAAGCUCCGCGUGAAGGGCCCGGGUUGUAGCAGGAGAUGUGAUCCAGAAUGCCUUUGGGAAGGUUUGGAUAGCCUGCAGGUCCCACCAUCGUGCAGCGGCCUGCAGGUUCCACCGUCAUGCAGCAGCAUCGUCAGGGACCUCUACCAGUACAGGUUGGAUGAAGCUGCCUGGCCGUUACUGCAUCAGCGUCUUCAGAAAUCCUUUUUGCACUCUCUGGCUUCUUACCGGAUAUUACAGAAAGCUGCCCCCUUUGACAGGAGGGUUACAUCCUUGGCAUGGCACCCAACUCAUCCCAGCACCCUGGCUGUGGGCUCCAAAGGAGGUGAUGUCAUGCUCUGGAACUUUGGCAUAAAGGAAAAACCCACCUUUAUUAAAGGGAUUGGAGCUGGAGGGAGCAUCACAGGGCUGAAGUUUAACCUUCUCAAUACCAACCAGUUUUUUGCCUCUUCAAUAGAAGGAACAACUAAGCUGCAAGACUUUGAAGGCAACAUUCUCCGAAUUUUUACCUGCUCAGACACCUGCAACAUCUGGUUUUGCAGCCUGGAUGUGUCUACCAAAAGCCGAAUAGUAGUCACGGGAGACAAUAUGGGCAAUGUGAUCCUGCUGAACACAGAUGGCAAGGAGCUUUGGAAUCUCAGAAUGCACAAAAAGAAAGUGACCCAUGUGGCUCUGAACCCCUGUUGUGAUUGGUUACUGGCCACAGCCUCUGUAGAUCAAACAGUGAAAAUCUGGGACCUGCGCCAGGUUAAAGGGAAAGACAGCUUCCUGUACUCCCUGCUGCACAAACAUCCUAUCAACUCAGCUUGCUUCAGCUCCGAUGGAUCCCGCCUCCUGACUACUGACCAGAAGAAUGAGGUCCGGGUUUACUCUGCCUCCCAGUGGGACUUCCCAGUUAGCAUGAUCCCUCACCCACACCGGCACUUCCAGCACCUCACACCCAUCAAGGCAACCUGGCAUCCUCGAUAUAACCUCAUUGUUGUGGGCCGAUACCCAGAUCCUAAUUUCAAAAGUUGUGCUCCGUAUGAACUGAGGACAAUUGAUAUAUUCGAUGGAAACUCUGGGAAGAUGAUGUGUCAGCUCUAUGACCCACAGUCAUCUGGUAUCAUUUCGGUGAGGUUUGGGCCGUCAAAUAGUGAUGGGAGGAAACAGGGAUUCAACCUACUUUACCAAAAAUUGGUCCUAUAUGCCCUCUGUCUCUGCCAAUACCUUCCCCAUCUUCUCAUGCUAAUAUUCUUAUUUCUGCAGCUCAAUGAGUUCAACCCCUUGGGGGACACACUAGCCUCUGCCAUGGGUUAUCACAUUCUCAUCUGGAGUCAGAAGGAAGUGGGGCCACGGAGAGCUUGAGAGAGACACUGAAGAAGAUUGAGCCACAGCCUGGAGUCCAAAAUGGAAACAAGUUCUUCAGAAGAGGCAGCUGUUGGUUAAUGGGCCACAAGUGCCACUGUCUUGGGGUUGGAGCAGGGACACUGGCUAAUCACUGUUCUUAGCUCUGGAAACUUAGGACAAUCCAGCUUCUCUAAGGUUCCCUGCUAGCUAGACUGAACCCAAAGUAGUUUUCUCCUGUUUGUUUUUUCUUGUGGUGCUGGGGAUGGAACUCAGGGCCUUGUGUGGGUAAGCCAGGUGCCCUGCUGAGCUAUAUUCCCAGCUACCUCUUUUCCCUUCUGAUGUGUGGUGACAGAAUGACCAAGGAGUCUUUUUUCAUUUGUGCUUACUAUGGACACAGACAAUAAAAACAUAUUUAACUGAG